AUGACGACCGAAUCAGAGCCUACCAUUCAACGCCUUUCUGCCCCUCCAGGCAAUCCUAAUGAGCCAUAUGUGGUUCCUUGUUUUGAGGGCGAGUUAUGGACUAUCCCAGCAAGCAACUCGGUCAUGCGAAUGCUGGUGACAGGCCACGAGACAAACAAGACAUUCGCUGUUGUAGGAACUGGAGGCCUUGAAGACGAGCCAGUUCCUUUCCACUAUCACGAUGUCGCGCAUGACAUUUUCCUCUGCCUCAAAGGCCGAGUUCGGGUGUGGGCUGAAGACCAAGCUCGAGAGCUUGGACCUGGCGACUUUGCCAGUGUUCCGCCGGGAACCGUCCAUCGUUAUCAUAUGCCGUACCGAUAUCACACGGAGGUCGUUGGAUUGAUUAUACCUGGAGACUGGGAGGAGUACUUUCGCUUCAUCUCUGAGCGAUACGCAGGCUCCUUGUUUCCUACGAACGACCGACGAGAUCGAGCAAAGAUACUGUUCCCGAAGCUGAUGGCAGCUUCGGACCAGUUUGACAUGACUAUUGUCCCAGAAAAGCAGGCGUUCGAACCACAGCCGUGGGACGGCAGUGAGAACAAGCUGCCUGGAGCUAUGGCGAAAGGCGGAUACUUCCUCCGCGACGGCGAGGGCGAUCGCUGGGAACUCUGCGGCACGGUGGUAAGACCGAUGGCAACUUUGAAGGAAACAGGCGACAAGUUUACUGUCUAUGAUAUCUCCUCCAGCAUCCACUUCAACAAGACGAGCUUCAAGUGGGCCGUCCAGUUCAAAGACACACACCAUGCGGUCUAUGCUCUCAUGGGUAAAUGGGCCCUGAUUGUUGGCAAUAAAACGUCUGAAUUGGCAGCUGGGGAAACAGGUUUCGUACCUGCAGGCUGUGCUUUCCGGCUCGAGCCGUCCGCAGCGUAUGCCCGUGCCUAUGUCUUCGCCAAUGGCGGUGGAUAUGGUCAAGUCUUGACGAGCCUGGGAACCCUUUAUGAUGAUAUUCUGGUGCCGCAGUUGGAUCAGGUGAAGAAAUGGACUCAAGAUAUUGCCGGAAUUCAAAGUUUGGAGAAGGAAACGGAUCCAUCGAAUCUUAUUUCAACGAAAACACUCAACCGUGCAUCCAUUCGCAUUAUGUCUCCUCAGCUAGUCAUAGAGACUGACUUCUCAAGCUCCGAAGAGCUAUGGCGACCAUCCUCAAUGGAAGCCACCAGUAUGUGGCGGUUCAUGCAAAAUGUCAAUCAGAAGCGGCACAAAGCUAUGAAGACCUACCAGGACUUGUACAACUGGUCCGUUGGUCCCGACAGCACCCAAUUCUGGGCAGACCUCUGGGAUGAGGCCCGUCUCAUCCACGAAGGAACAUAUACCCAGGUAGUGGAUGAGACUGAGAGAAUGGACAAGAUCCCUCGAUGGUUCCAAGGUAUCAAGCUGAACUUUGCCGAGAACAUCCUUUAUAGCGCAGACCCCAAAGAUGCCUCUCGCUCAAUCACUUUGGGCAAGGAAGAUGACAAAAUCGCCUUGAUUGCUGCCAGGGAGCCGACAGUAUCUGAGAAGACAUCGCAACCAAUCAUUUCUGGCAGUAUCGAAGUCACUUGGGGUCAUUUGCGUCGGCGUGUUGCUCUAACUGCUGGUGCAUUACGUGCUCGAGGCUGUCGUCGCGGAGACCGAGUUGCUGCUGUCGCCAGCAAUUCAAUCGAUACACUGGUCUUGUUAUUGGCUACGACAGCUAUUGGCUCUAUAUUCAGCAGUAUGAGCACUGAUCUCGGAGCGCCAGCGAUUCUUGAUCGACUUGGACAGAUACAACCACGCCUCAUCUUUGUCGAUGACAUAGCGAUAUAUAAUGGAAAGACAAUGGAUCUAUCCCAGUUGUCGAUUCAAUUACUUGACGGGCUUACAGCCCAGACAGAAUUCGAGGGCGUUAUUAUUCAGUCUGUAAGCGGCGAUACAUCACCUCUCAGCCAAGAGAUGCAAGCGAUGAACCAACGCAGCACGGCAAAAUGGUCACCAUUUGAGGUGCUUCGAGACUUCCUAUCCCGAGGCAGCAAUUCAGAAACCAAUUCCGCUCCAUUUGAGAGGUUGGACUUCUGUGAACCCUUCUUGAUUGUGUACAGCAGUGGAACGACAGGAAAACCCAAGUGCAUCACCCACUCAACCGGUGGUGUUCUCCUUAAUGCGAUAAAGGAAGGCCAUCUGCAUCAGAAUUAUGGGCCAGAUACGAUCUGCUUGAACUUCUCUUCGGUAGGGCUAAAAAAAAAAACCCUUUCUUCGAGAAUCAAGAUUCAGGUCACUAACGGUGUCCCCAAGACCAGCUGGAUUGUCUAUAUUCUCACAGUUGUCGUCCUGCUGCAUGGGUCGCGAAUUGUGCUCUACGAUGGAUCACCGCUUUUCCCCGAUUGCCAAUCAUUCAUUCGUCUUCUGGAAAGGCAAAGGGUUACCGACUUUGGAACGUCCCCUCGCUGGCUAGCUAGCUGCCAGAAGCAGAACGUUUCUCCACGAGCUAUUGCAGACUUGUCAUCACUCAGGACGGUAACCUCAACUGGCAUGGUGCUCACAGACGAUCAGUUCAAGUGGUUUUACAACGACGCGUUCCCCCCCCAUGUUCAGCUCUGCAACGUUAGCGUUCCCCCCCAUGUUCAGCUCUGCAACGUUAGUGGAGGAACAGACAUGGCCGGAGCACUAGCCAUGAACAACCCUUUAACUCCAGUGUUCUUGGGAGGAUUUCAGUGCCGCCCGCUCGGGAUGGCAGUAAAUGCAUAUGAGCUCUCGCAGGGCAGCAACAGCGAAGACUUGGAAGCUCCCGAGAAACGAGUUCCAAUCGUAGAAGGCGAGCCGGGGGAGCUUGUAGUAACGAAGCCGUUUCCGAACAUGCCCCCUUUCUUCUGGGGUGAUGCUGAUGGACGAGAGUAUUUUAGGGCAUACUUCAACGUCUUUGACAGUGUCUGGCGCCAUGGCGAUGUCAUCAAGAUCAACAAAGCCACUGGGCGUGUUUUCAUCCUGAGCCGGUCAGAUGGCAUUUUGAACCCCGACGGUAUCCGUUUUGGUCCAUCCGACAUAUACUCUGUGGUCGAGUCAAAAUUCACUUCGCAAAUUCAGGACUCCGUGUGUGUCGGUGCUCGUCUUUCACGAGAGUCGCAAUCGGAAAUAGUCAUCUUGUUUGUGGUGACGAAACCUGGCCACAAGCUCACGCAUUAUUUAGAUGCACAACUGAGAAAAGAAAUUCUCAAAGCCUACAGCAAAAGGCAUGUGCCUGGAACGAUAGUAGAAGUUCCUGAGAUCCCGAUAACUCGAAAUGGAAAGAAGGCAGAAGUCAUCGUCAAACAAAUAGUCUCUGGGCAGACGAUCACGUCAGCUUCCGGCCUAGCCAAUCCUGAAAGCUUAGAGGCCUUCAAGAAGUUUGCUGCGCAAAUGACUUCUGGAGCCCAAAGAAAGGAGAGCAAGUUGUAA